UUAGAAAGACAACAUUUUUGCUUUUUUGCUUAUAAUUUUCAAGGGAAAAUGAAGCAGAUGAGUUUGUUUCCAAUACUCAGUUUUGUCGUCAUAAGCUUUGGCGUUGCUUCAGUUUCAGCACAAAUAUGUUUGAACAAUGGGAACUUCAGCUCCAACAGUACCUUUAACGCAAAUCGUCGUAUCAUUCUCUCUUUUCUUCCGUCCAAUGUCACGACUCAAGACGGCUUCUAUUACAACGGUUCCAUUGGAGAAGGACCGAACCGGGUCUACGCAAGAGGGAUGUGUAUCCCUGGAUCAACUGCAGAUGACUGUUCUGAUUGUAUCAAGACCGCGUCUGAUGGUUUGGUACAGAGUUGUCCCAACCAAACAGAAGCGUAUUCAUGGCCAGGUGAUCCCACUCUCUGCCUUGUCAGCUACUCCAACACUUCUUUCUCAGGAUCUGUAGAUUCAGACGGGCGUGUAAUAUUCACUAACACUGGAGAUAUAACCUCAAAUAUAACAAAAUUCACGGAAAUAUGGGAAGACUUGGUUGUUCGUAUGAUUGAUAUAGCUUCUGCACCAAAAGACACACCAUCCUCAAGUAAUAACUAUUAUACAGCUAAUAUUGCAGCCUUAAACCCUUUCCAAGAUAUAUUUGCAUUGAUGCAAUGCACGCCGGAUCUUUCUUCUGGUGAUUGUGAAUAUUGUCUGCGACAAAGCGCAAGGGACUACCAGUCAUGCUGUGGUAAGAAGCAAGGAGGCGUUGUUAUGCAGCAGAGCUGUUUUUUCCGUUGGGAUUUGUAUGCAUACUCUAAGGCUUUUGAUAAUAUUAUGGUGGCUUCUCCUCCUCCUAUGACUAUACGGUCCAUACCACCAUCCGCAGGCGCGCCGGCUAACCAAAAUGACAAUAGGCCCAGUAAUUCUCAUGACCGAAAUAGAAGAGGAAUCUCUACAGGAAUUGUUGUGGCGAUUACGGUUCCAACUGUUGUUAUCGUUUUGAUAUUGUUCUCUUUUCGAUUUGUUCUUUGUCUGAGGAGAACGUCACUGCAAAGAACUAAAUACGAAUCUGAUACUGAUAUUUCAACUACAAAUUCGUUGCAAUACGAAUUUGAGGCAAUUGAAGCUGCAACUAAUAAGUUUUCAGUGAGUAAUAAGCUCGGUGAAGGUGGAUAUGGUGAAGUUUACAAGGGUAAGUUGCCAAAUGGAACUGAAGUCGCAGUGAAGAGGCUCUCUGAAAUGUCAGGACAAGACACAAGAAAAUUCAGAAACGAGGUUGUACUUGUAUCAAAACUUCAACAUAAGAAUCUGGUUAGGCUUUUUGGGUUCUGUUUACAAGGAGAUGAAAAGAUUCUGAUCUAUGAGUUUGUCCCAAACAAAAGUCUUGACUAUUAUCUAUUCGAUCCUGAAAAGCAAGGUCAGCUAGACUGGACUCGGCGAUACAAGAUCAUUGGAGAGAUUGCUCAAGGGAUUCUACAUCUUCAUCAAGAUUCACAUCCCACAAUCAUAUACCGUGACUUUAAAGCCAGCAACAUACUUUUAGAUGCAGAUAUGAACCCAAAAAUAUCAGAUUUUGGAAUGGCCACAAUUUUUGGAAUGGAGGAGACUAGAGGCAACUCCAAAUGGAAUGCUGAAACCUUGUAA